UGGAAUAAUCAUCACAGCUGGGUUUGUAUUGCUUAAAAUACAAGUCAAAGAGUUCAAGAGCUUAAACUUCCAGCUGUCAUUUUGCUGCGACAUAAGUACACAAUCCUUUGUAUGUUCUGUUUCUGGUCUUUGUCUUCUUGUGGCUUCUUGGGUCUCUCUGUCAGGAGUGUCACCACCAUCGAAGCUCUUUACUUUCUUAACUUGACCUUUUUCUCCAAGGCUCUCUCUUUCUCUCGUUAUUUUCUUUCCAUUGUGCGCAAGUCUUUUGAAUUUUGAGAGGCAAAGAUCAUGGAGGAAAGCCAAGAACUUGCUUUGACCCAGUUGAGAAAAUCGGUCGAGAAUCUCUCUUCUUCCACAGAGGGAUAUGAGAAACCGACAUUGAUGAGGUUCCUGAUUGCAAGAUCAAUGAACCCAAAUAAGGCAGCAAAGAUGUUUGUAGACUGGCAAAAGUGGAGAGCCUCUAUGGUUCCUCCCUCUGGAUUCAUCCCAGACUCAGAAGUGAAGGAUGAAUUGGAAACCAGAAAGAUGUUUCUUCAGGGUCCAACCAAAUAUGGACAACCUUUGGUAGUUUGCAAAGCCUCCAAGCAUUUUCCUGCCAAGGAUCAACUUCUUUUCAAAAAGUUCCUUGUUCAUGUGCUAGACAAAUCUAUCGCGAGUGCCGUCCAAGGAAAAGAAGUAGGAGAUGAGAAGGUGGUAUGUCUUAUUGAUCUGCAAAACAUUACAUACAAGAACCUCGAUGCUCGUGGAACUAUCACCGGCUUUCAAUUCUUACAAGCUUACUACCCGGAACGCCUCUCAAAAUGCUACAUCUUGCACAUGCCUGGAAUUUUCGUGACACUUUGGAGAUUUGUCUGCCGUUUUCUAGACAAACCAACUAAAGAAAAGAUUGUAAUAGUAACGGACAGUGAAGAACAGCGAAAGCUCGAAGAAAAAGUAGAACUAGAUGCCUUGCCGGAAGAAUAUGGUGGACUAGCUAAACUCACAGCAUUCCAAGAUGUUCUUCUUCCUCUGGCUGCUCCAAGAAUGUUAACAACAAACAAUAAUGCUUAGCUCCUAAAUUUUGUGAGAGCAUUUAAACAUUAAAACCUUUUAAAAACUUGGUGGCGCUAGAACAAAACUUUUGUUACAACUUUUCAACAACUUUUUAAGUUUCCAGAAGAAGCACACUAAACACAUGCAAAAGUUGUAAGAUUCAGUAUUUAGUAGUAGUACGUAGUAGUAGAAGUCAUGGAAUAUCUUCACAGCUGUGCAAAUACAAAAGUCAAAA